AUGUGUGCGAAUCUGCCUAAAGGACACUUUCCUCUUUCAUUCCUGGUCAUUGGUACCCUUUCUGUUAAUUUGUCACCAUCCACUGACGCACAGACCAAGGAUAGACCCAACCAGGCCUCAGCAACCGAGCCGACCGAUUGCCUCAACUGUCGAGACGAGACUACGCCAUCUCCACCAGUCGGUCACAGCAACCAGUCGCCGGCCGACACGAUUGCCGACAGCGUCAAUUUGGUCUCCACCUCUCGGGCCUGUCCAUCUCACUGCUAUGCGCCUGAUGCUCUCAUCGUGCGAUCCAAGACGCCCGAUACCACGCCCAAAUUGAUUCAUCAGCCUCCCCUUCACUCCGACUGUCUGCAGCCUGGCAACAGCCCGGCCAUCCCAGAGGCUGGAACUGUCUCGGCCAAUGAUAACUGCAACUCGAUGACCGCUUCCGCAGACCGAAGUGUCCAUCUUCUCGAAGCCGGCCAGCCAGAGCUCGUCGACAAAUCGGUCGAGUCUGGUCGGACACCGGAACUGGACACCAUCUCGCCGUUGAUGCAGUCCCUUGUGCCCUCGGGACUCGGCUCUAUCGUCACCAAUUCGGUCGCGGUUUCUGGCAGCGCCAGCGGCCUCAGCAGCGGCAGUAGCAGUGCCAUCGGCAACAGCAAUAACAGCUACAGAAGCUGGUCGUUGCAGCCGCCGGACUGUACAACGCAAAGUCGACGGUUGAACGAAGGCCGGGCAGAACGUGUCGUCAGGCGGAAUUCGGCCAGGAGACGGGCUGGCGAAAGGUGCGAAGAAUGUCGUGAAGAGGAGGGUCGUCAGGGUCGAGGAGAAGAGCAGGCGACAGUGCAUAAACCUGCUGAGGCAGAAAAGGAGGCCGACUGUGGCGCGAGGUUAGACGUCGUGGCGAGCAGGACGGAUUGUCGAGGCGGGAGUGGUGGCAAGAUGAAGGCAAUCAGGGCUUCACGCAAAAAAGGUAUCCAUUCGAAUAACCUCUUUGACGCGUUUGCUGUCUCCAAUCCAGACUUUUAUGGGAGCUGCAUGUUUUGUUCGAAGUUCGCUGGGUUUCCAAGCCUCGCUUAA